GCUCCGAGCGCUGCGGGCGCUCCCGCCGGCCAUGACCGGCGAGAAGCUCCGCUCGCUGCGCAGGGACCACAAGCCCAGCAAGGAGGACGGGGACCUGCUGGCGGCCGGCGAGGACGAGGCGGCCGCGGCGCCCGGGGGCGCCUUCACGGGCGGGAAGGGCGGGCGGGCCGGGGGGCACCGCGGGCCCGGCGCUCACCGGCACCGCCCGCCGGCCCGGGCCGCCCCCGCCGGGCCCGAGCGCGGCCCCUUCCCCGUGCACGAGUGCGUGUUCAAGGGGGACGUGCGGCGGCUCUCGGCGCUCAUCCGCACGCAGGGCAUCGCCCAGAAGGACAGUCACGGAAACACUCCUUUACAUCUUGCUGUGAUGUUGGGACAUAAAGAAUGUGCCCACCUGCUUUUAGCCCAUAACGCUCCAGUAAAGGUGAAAAAUGCUCAGGGAUGGAGCCCUCUGGCCGAAGCCAUCAGCUAUGGAGACAGACAGAUGAUUUCAGCACUCCUGAGGAAGCUCAAGCAGCAGUCCAGGGAAAGUGUUGAAGAGAAGCGACCUCGGUUAUUAAAAGCCCUGAAAGAGCUAGGUGACUUCUAUCUAGAGCUUCACUGGGAUUUUCAAAGUUGGGUGCCUUUACUUUCCCGAAUUCUGCCUUCUGAUGCAUGUAAAAUACACAAACAAGGUAUAAAUAUCAGGCUGGACACAACUCUGAUAGACUUUACUGACAUGAAGUGCCAACGAGGGGAUUUAAGCUUCAUUUUUAACGGUGACGCCGCACCCUCCGAAUCUUUUGUAGUUUUAGACAAUGAGCAAAAAGUUUACCAGCGAAUACACCACGAGGAAUCUGAGAUGGAGACAGAAGAGGAGGUUGACAUUUUGAUGAGCAGUGAUAUUUACUCUGCCACCUUAUCCACCAAGUCCAUCACGUUCACACGGGCUCAGACUGGGUGGCUCUUCAGGGAGGACAAAACUGAAAGAGUAGGAAACUUCCUGGCAGAUUUCUACUUGGUGAAUGGACUGGUGUUGGAAUCCAGGAAAAGAAGGGAACAUCUCAGUGAGGAGGACAUCCUUCGGAAUAAAGCGAUCAUGGAGAGCCUGAGCAAAGGGGGAAACCUCAUGGAGCAGAAUUUUGAGCCCGUGCGCCGGCAGUCGCUGACGCCGCCGUCCCCCAACACCAUCUCCUGGGAGGAGUACAUCUCUGCAGAGAGUGGCAAAGCUCCUCACCUGGGCAGGGAGCUGGUCUGCAAGGAGAGCAAGAAAACCUUCAAAGCCACGAUAGCAAUGAGCCAGGAAUUCCCCUUAGGAAUCGAAUCGUUGUUGAAUGUCUUAGAAGUCAUUGCACCCUUCAAGCACUUUAACAAACUUAGAGAAUUUGUUCAAAUGAAGCUUCCACCAGGCUUUCCUGUCAAAUUAGACAUCCCGGUGUUCCCCACCAUCACGGCCACUGUGACGUUCCAGGAGUUCCGCUACGACGAGUUCGAUGACUCCAUCUUCACCGUUCCCGACGACUACAAGGAGGAUCCCAGCCGCUUCCCGGACCUCUAGGGGGGCUGGGAGCUCCCGGGAGCACCAGCCCGGCGUCCCAGGGCCGGGGCAGGGCCGUGGGGCACAGCAAGGGAUGGACUCGUGAGCCCGCGGCCGAGGGACGGAGCUGGCGCCGCACCGGGCACCAGCCCCUCCAGCUCCCGCCUCCCAGGGCCUCCUGCUGCCACCCCCUCUGGCACAGCCGCUCCUGGCUCGGAGCUGCCGCCCCAGCUGGGAGGAGCUGCUGGUUUUUAAAUUUUUUACACUUGUGGUGAUCCGCCAGGCGCUGCUGGACCUUGGCACCGAGCUGGGCUGGGGCGAGGUGAGCCCCCUGUCCCUCCCCUGCUCCCUGAGCCGCCAGCUCAGGCACGGAAUGUUG